UGUGGCGGAGAUCGGAGCUUUCGACGGUGGUUUCCGUUUUGCUACUCGGACAACUGACCUCUUUCAUACUAGCACUUAUGAACUUCACUUCAUCUCUAUCCGCAAAUCUCGGCCAGUCAUUGCUAAUGCUAAAAGAUGCGAGUUCUUCUUAAAGCAAAAUUCGUGCACAGCAGCUAGACGUAUAGGUGCUAAUUCACCUGUUACUAUGGGACUUCUUGGCUAUCUGGCUUUGACCGUGGUCAAUGGAAGCAUCAUGUUGUACCAACGCCAUGAACUCAUUGUAGUGUCACCUUCCUUCACACCUAGUCAGAAACUAUAUAUAUAUGGGAUUCCAUGGUAUUGGUAUGCUCUUUUAGCAUUUUUCGAUGUCCAAGGCAACUAUCUUUUUAAUUCAGCAUACUACUUCACAUCAAUUACAAGUGUGGCGUUAUUAGAUUGUUGUACAGUUGCAUGGGUCAUACUUUUUACUUGGACAUUUUUGGGCACAAAAUAUUCUCUACGGCAGCUUCUUGGCACAGCCGUUUGUGUAUUAGGCCUUUGUUUAGUGGUUCUUUCUGAUGCUGGGAUUGGUGGUGGAGGUGGUUCAAAUCCACUUUUGGGUGAUUUACUUGUCACCGGUGGAACAAUUUUCUUUGCACUGAGCAAUGUUGGUGAGGAAUUUAUUGUUAAGAAAAACGGUUGUCUUGAAGUAUUAGCAAUGCUUGGUCUGUUUGGAAUGUUCUUUAGUGUAAUUGAGAUUGCCAUAUACGAGAGGGAGAAUCUGGAAGCAGUGACAUGGUCUGCUGAACUUAUGCUAACGUUUGUUGGUUACACUGUGGCGUUCUUAAUGUACUACUCUUUAACUCCUCUUAUUCUACAGACAAGUGGUUCCACGUUGUUCAAUCUAUCACUCCUCACAACCGACAUGUGGGCUGUUGUCAUACGCAUCUUUUUCUACCAACAGCAGGUAGAGUGGUUAUACUAUGUAUCGUUUGCGGUUGUUGGUGUUGGUCUUCUCAUAUAUUCGAAAACGGAGAAGAAUCCGAAUCUUUCACAAGAACCUGAAAACGGGAUCCCCAACUCACAAUACCAACCGAUUCAUGAACAAGGGCAAUCCGGAUGGUAAUGUAUUCUCUCACAUUGCAACCGAUAGAUUUGCAGCCAUGGCCGAUUUUUAUGACUUUGUUUCAUUGUUCACAGAUCUGAGCCGCGUGUAUUCCAUUUCCUCCCAUUUUGUAAAAUUGCACUAAUUUUAUCGUUAUUUUACUAAUUUAUUGAAAAUAACGUUAAAAGCGGCGGACAGUCAAUCAUGCAUCAUGUGGU